AUGGCAAUAUUCACACUACAACAUGAUUUACAGAAGAGCAGUGAAAAUAAUACUUCAUUCUGUAUCAUCUUAGGUUUUUUAUCAUUUGUAACAGAUGGUCUGCAGAACUAUUCAUAUUUAUUAACAGCCGUUUAUCAGUAUAUAUCUGUAGUCUAUCCAAAUAAAGUUAUAUGGCGAACAGUUAAAACUCAAUUUUGUCUAAUAAGUGUAAUUUGGAUUGUCUGUAUUAUCGAUAUGGUUCCACUGUUCGUCACUGGACAGAUUACUUACAAUAUUGACAAUCAAGUGUGUCAAGUACCCCUUCGUUUAUCUGUAUCAGUAGUCUAUGGAGCAGCAAUUAUCUAUGCUAUUCCAAAUUUUGGUAUCACUAUUGUUUAUAUUAAAUUGACUCGAUAUGUUCAACAAAUCAGUCUUCGUACUAUAUCAAAUAAUACUCUAUUUCAUGCUCGACGAGAAUUAAGACUUGUGCAACGUACUUUCGUUCUUUGUAAUACUCUUAUUGUCCUUGGCUUACCAUAUAUGAUAUUUGUUUUAAUGUCCUUUUUUACACCACCACCAAAGUAUCAUUUUCGUAUUGCUUAUAUAUGUGCUGAUAUAUCUGUAUUAGUAGUUGUAAUAAUUGGAUAUUGUUUUACACCAAACAUCAAAACGAUUAUACGAAAGA